GGCGCAUGCGACGAUAAAGGCCCCAUGGCCGCGCAGAUAUGCGCUCUAGAAGAGCUGAGAGCAGAAGGAGCGGUCAAGGAAGGCGACGUGGGGUUAUUAUUUGUCGUCGGGGAAGAGAAAGGUGGACUCGGCAUGUUAGCGGCGAACAACCAGAACCUCAGCUUCGAGAGCGUCAUAUUCGGGGAGCCGACCGAGGGGAAAUUGGUGGUUGGACACAAGGGGCAUCUGGUGUUUGAAUUGAUUGGGGAGGGCAAGGCCUGUCACUCUGGAUAUCCUCAGCACGGGGUGAAUGCUAAUAUAGCACUUAUCGAAACGCUGAAUGACUUGGUGAGAACGGAAUUUCCGGGUUCAUCGCUGCUUGGGCCUUCGACUUUUAAUAUUGGGAAGAUUGAAGGGGGCAUGAGCUAUAAUAUCGUGCCGGAGACCAGUAAAGCGCUUUGUGCUGUCCGCGUGGCGACAGAUAUGGCUAGGAUAAAACAGAUCGUCUCAGAUACUGUUGCCCGACAUGCAAAUGUGCGACUCGAGUUCAAGUUUGAGUAUCCUGACACCUUGCUGGAUCAUGAUGUUGAAGGAUUUGAGACUGCCCCUGUUUCGUAUGGGACUGAUGUUCCACGAUUCAAGGGCAAUCAUAAGAAGUACUUAUAUGGGCCAGGAUCUAUCCUGGUGGCGCACGGCGACAAUGAACAGAUCGAGAUUGAUGAGCUUGUGGAGGGGGUUCGAGCGUAUAAAAAGUUGACGAUGCACGCGCUCGAGUCUGCUCGGUAGAUCGUAUGCAAACAUCAGGGCCAGUUCAACCUGUCCUAUCUCACCCUAUCCAACGCUAGUACCAUUGUUGAUAUGCCUGGUAUAUGACGUUUUAAGAUGACCUUUGUAUGAGGCGACCACACCACAGCUAUGUUCACUGCCA